AUGCCCUCCCGCGUCACUCCGCGGGCGCAGGACGCACGUCGGGGCGCGGCUCCUAGCUCGCGCGCGCGGCUCGGGCUCUGUCACUCGCGCCCUGUGGAGGACUGGGCGCGUCCAAGAGCUUGCCUGGCGGCGGCAGCGACGAUGCACGGGAACGCCCGCACUCCGGCCACCAGCGUGAGUGCCGACUGCUGCAUCCCGGCCGGCUUGCGCCUCGGCCCGGUGCCUGGCACCUUCAAGCUGGGCAAGUACCUGUCAGAUCGCAGGGAGCCCGGGCCCAAGAAAAAGGUACGCAUGGUGAGAGGGGAGCUGGUGGACGAGUCGGGGGGCUCCCCUCUGGAGUGGAUAGGGUUAAUCCGGGCAGCCAGGAAUCCCCAGGAACAGACUCUGGAAGCUAUAGCAGACUUACCCGGAGGACAGAUCUUCUACCGAGCAUUGCGAGAUGUCCAGCCAGGGGAAGAACUGACUGUGUGGUAUUCGAAUUCCUUGGCUCAGUGGUUUGACAUUCCCAUCACUGCAACUCCAACUCACGAUGAGAAAGGGGAGGAACGCUACAUUUGCUGGUACUGCUGGAGGACCUUUAGGUACCCCAAUAGUCUCAAAGCACACCUGCGAUUCCACUGCGUGCUCAGCGGCGGCGGGGGCCGCGCCUUCCUGCACCACGAGCACGCAGCUCGCCAAGGCGCCGCAGCCCCGGCCGAUGGCCUUGGCCUCUCCCCGAAACCCACUGCACCCGACUUCGCCGUGCCCGUCCAGGCGGGCACUCUGCGGCCUCAACCACAGGCCCCACAACUCCCCCAGACUUGUGGGGCGCGGGAAAGCAUCAAGCGCGAGGCCUCCUCCGGGCCCCCAGCCAUCUCGCCGCCCCUGGGCAAGUGGGGGCCGCUCAAGAAGGGCAAGGAGCAACAGCCCGACCGCUCCGUGGACAUGAGCGGGGCAGCCCGGGCGCACCACGGCCACUUCCUGGGCAUCGUGGGGGGCUCCCCAGCGGGGAGCGGCGGCCUGGCUUUCUACCCCGGCGCGCGCUCAGCUUUCAAGCCCGCUGGUUUGGCGCGGGCGGCCGCUCACGGCGACCCCUACCGGGAGGAGGGUGGCGGCAAAGCCGGGGCGGGUCUAGCCUUGGGCCGGCUGCUGGGCGGAGGUCGGGCUGGCGGGCGCCCGGGGAGUGGGGAGAACCCGGCAGCCGGAGGCGCGGGCCACCAUCACCACCACCACCACCACGCGCAUCACCACCACCCCAAGUGCCUGAUCGCGGGGGACCCACCGCCGCCGCCCCCUCCGCCCGGCCUGCCUUGCUCCGGGACCCUACGCGGCUUCCCCCUGCUCCCUGGCCACCCAGAAGAGGGGUCCGCCUUCAAGCACGUGGAGCGCGCCCCGCCGGCGGCCACCGCGCUGCCGGGGGCGCGCUACGCCCCGCUGCCGCCCGCACCCGGGCUCCCGCUAGAGCGCUGCGCUCUGCCGCCCCUCGACGCGGGCGGCCUCAAGGCCUAUCCCGGGGGCGAGUGCGGCCACCUGCCCGCCGCCGUCAUGCCCGCCUUCACCGUCUACAACGGGGAGCUGCUCUACGGCUCCCCGGCCGCCACCGCGUAUUACCCGCUCAAACUGCACUUCGGAGGACUGCUCAAGUACCCCGAGUCCCUCUCCUAUCUGAGCGGGCCCGCGGCGGCGGCGGCGGCGGCGGCGGCGGCAGCGGCGGCGGCGGCCCUGAGCCCGGCGGAGCUGGGCUCGCUCGCCAGCAUCGACCGGGAGAUCGCCAUGCACACGCAGCAACUGUCCGAGAUGGCGGCCGGCAAGGGCCGCGGCCGUCUGGAUUCCGCCACCUUGCCCCCGGCCGUGGUGGCGGCGGGUGGCGUUGGGGGUGGCGGAGGCGGCGGGGGCAGCGGGGCAGGCAAGGCCAAGACCGGCCACCUGUGCCUCUACUGCGGCAAGUUGUACUCGCGCAAGUACGGGCUCAAGAUUCACAUGCGGACUCACACGGGCUACAAGCCGCUCAAGUGCAAAGUGUGCCUCCGGCCCUUUGGCGACCCCAGCAAUCUCAACAAGCACAUCCGGCUGCACGCCGAGGGCAACACGCCCUACCGCUGCGAGUUCUGCGGCAAGGUGCUGGUCCGCCGCCGGGACCUGGAGCGCCACGUCAAGUCCCGCCACCCGGGCCAGAGCCUGCUCGCCAAGGCGGGGGACGGCCAGGGGGCCGAGCCCGGCUAUCCGCUGGAGCCCGGGGAUCCCAAAAGCGACGACAGCGACGUGGACGUCUGCUUUACCGACGACCAGAGUGACCCCGAGGCUGGGGGCCGGGCCGGGCCCGACUCCUAA